GAAAAGGAAAACCCGAGAGUGAUGUGACGUCUGAACAAGUAUGGGAGAGAAGGUGGGUAACGCGGAGGUGUUGGUGGGGGGUACAUGGCACCAGGCUCGCCUCACACUCGAGGGCGACCUGCUUUUUGUGACACUCACGGACCUCGACGACCUCAACCUGCAAGGCUCAGAUGGUGAGGGAGGCCCCAGUGAUGUCCCUGAGCCAAUAGCCAGCCAGAAGCGGGUCGUUCAGAUAUGCAAGUCGGACAACAAUGGCCUCGGGAUAUCCAUUAAGGGUGGACGCGAGAACAAGAUGCCCAUCCUCAUUUCCAAAAUCUUUAAGGGAAUGGCUGCAGACCUGACCGAGAACCUUUACGUGGGUGAUGCCAUCCUAUCCGUCAAUGGCGAAGACCUCAAAGAAGCCACACACGAUGAGGCCGUCCGAGCUCUCAAACGAGCAGGCAAAGUUGUUACACUAGAAGUUGUGCCGUCCUUCUACAUUACAGUUAAAUACCUGCGCGAGGUAACACCAUACUUCCGCAAGGCUUCAGUCAUGGCUGACAUCGGCUGGGAACUCCAGUCAGGGUUCCUUGGUGCAGAAAAUGGGUUCCUGAACAAUGACGAGGACCGCAGCUCCCCUGUCAUGACCAAUGGACCUGACACACGCUCGCUGCCACUGCUCUUCUGUCACUUGACCCGAAAUUACAAAUGUGAAGAGCAGUACAGCUUAGAACUGCACUCACCUGACCGCCUGCACAGCCUCAUGAUCAAGUGCCCAUCAGAAGCAGACAUUACCGGGUGGUACAAUGCCCUCCACUCCACACUGGAUCGCCUCAUGCAGUCGGCCCUCCAGCACGCCAACAAGAUGCUAGGUGAUGUCCUGGAUAAAGCCACUAUACAUCACAUAGGCUGGCUCAAGCUGAAGGUGGACCAGGGCAAGGAGGAGUGGGAGCCUCAGUUCUGCGCAGUCACAGACCAUGAUAUGAUCCUCUUCCAGGAGGUUCCCUGGACAAAAGAAGCUUGGGCAAACCCCCUUGUUUUUUACCCACUACUUGCAACUAGAAUUGUCAACUCGACACAUAAGGGAUCUCUAGGAGGCAGUGAGCCCAUCACAAUGACCAUGCGGUGUGGCACGCAGGAGGGCGUGUGCACGAGUGUCUUCCGGCACGACACUCAGCGUGACCUAGCUACUUGGGUGAAGGUGCUAGUCCAGGGAGCACACAAUGCUGUGCAAAGACAGAAGGAAGUUGCUUGCUAUUGUGAGUGGAGGGGAGUCGAGGCCAAGCUAGUCCUACAUCAUGAGGACGGCUUCACACUGCUCUCGACACACGAUGCAGCAGGUGGGCGUGGACGUGUUCUAUGGACACAGCCCUUCCACAAACUAGUCAUGAGCUCAGAUGAUGGAGCGAGACUCAUCUGGCUGCGCUUUGACGGGGACAUGGAAGUUGAACUGGACCUAAAAACCAACCCCAAGCCAUUCGUGUUCAUCCUGCACACCUUCCUGUCAGCCAAGGUUCACCAACAGUCCCUCUCCUGACGCAAGCUGGACCAAAAGACCUGGACACGACCAUCAGUCACGGGGCCAUCUGAUGCCAGUAGCAAAGCUGAAGCCCUUGACCAAUCCAAUCCUCCCCAACCAAACACGAGAAGCUUGUCAAACCAAGCUGGGGCAACCCAAGCCAGCACAAGUCAAGCCAGUGCAAGCAAAGGAGGGAAAGCCCCCCCUUCCUCUUCGCCAGGAAGACCAUCCGCCCAGAUUGAGCCCGGAGCAGCUGCCGCCCUCCAGCCCGAGCCACGGUCACAGCUGAAAACCUCCAAGGGCCAGGCUGACCUCAAGAGUGUUGCCGCGGCCAAAGGAACUAAAAUCAACUGGUGCGCGAGUUAAGAAUGGUCAAUGCCUAGCAAUCCAAUUUUAUUUUAAGGGAGGCCAUUUAUUCAAAGGUAAAAGGUAAAAGUUUAGUAAAAGUGAUUUUUUUAACGAGAGUGGUAAGACCAAGAAUAUUACAUUAUCCCCAAGAUGAAAGAUGCCGUGAAGGGGCGAACCUUCUACUCCUUUCCUUUCAGUGAAUGCCGAAAAUAAGAAACUAAGUCAUGAGUCUCGGAAUAGGAAAGGAGAGAUUAAACAGCCUCCAUGUGGUUUAUUUUUUGUUUCAUAGUUUAAGGAUUAGUGAACUAGUUUCUUUUCUUUCCCUUCUUUCUUCUCCUUUUUUGUCUCUCUCUUAUUUUUAACAUGUAAAUGUUAUGCACUGUUCUGUAUAUACACACUUGUAAUAUAGAGACAUGUUCACAUUUAGUUACAUCAGACUCACACAUAUAAAUGAAAUAUUAUUUACAUAGUUGUUAGAUGAAAAGUAUAUAGGAUUAUUUUUGUGUGUUAAGGGCUGGUUAGCACAAUGGGGUUCAUACGUCACGUCGAUUCUAGUGGACCGCAGACGCUGGAGACACAGCGAUUCAGACCUUCCUCUCACCCGUUCAGUCCCGUCUUCUUGUUAUCGAUAGCUCAACUCAGGAUCAUGAAUCUGUUGGGGAAGUUGUUGGUCCCUAAUCAUCCCCUUCUUCCCUACCCCUCUACUAAUUAUUAUUAUUAUUUUUUUUUUUUUUUUUAUUGUACAUUUCUCUUGACUCCUAAUACUGCUUGUGGUUUUUGCCAUCCCAUCCUCCUCCCCGCCAACCCAAAUUGUUCCCUAGCAGAAGUUCGGUUAUAGCACGAAGAGAUAUUCCCAGCAUGAGUUAGCUAUUGCAGCAAGUCUAGGGGUCGCGCAUCCCGGAGGAGCGAAGGUACGAAAUAUUUCUUGGUGCCUAAAAAAAAAAUGGAUGCUGAAUUUUUUUUGUGAUAAACUUUUUGUAGAAGUUUCCCCCCAUGCAUGUGGCAUUUACAGCUGUUUUAUGGUAUAUAUGAGCUGCAUGUGGCAUGUUUUUGUUUAUGCUUUAGAUGGGAAGAGUAUUUAUAGAUAAUUGUUGAUUAUGCUUCUGUUGUUAUUGGAAUAUGUACAUUGCUGUGCAUCAAUGUUUAUGGAUAAUGGGAGGUAAUUUGCUCCCUUUUUUUAUUGAUUAUUUCUAUAGUGCUGGAAAUCUAUUUGCAAAGUCUAGAGCAGCAAUGUUGUGGAAGUUUAUUGAUAAAAAUCUUGGUAGAUAAGGAAAGGCAAGUGUAGACAUCUCCACAGACACAUUGCUGCCUACCCUCUCAGGCACAUUAACUUUUUUUCUCUUUCUCUCUCACUUUCUUUUCCUUCCUUCCUUUCUUUCUUUAUUCUUUAUUGUCUUCCUCUCUUCUUUGUAGUCUCUUCCUCUUUCUUCUUUGUUGUCUCUUCCUCUUUCUUACCCUUCUUUAUUCUCUUUCUCUUUCUCUUGUUCAUUCACUCUUUGUUUUCCUCUUUUCUUCUUUCCUGCCUCAGUCGAGCUCUUACACAAAUUAUUAUUCUAGCUGCUGUUGUGGAAUUUUCAUAUUUUUGACAAAAUAAUGAAAAAAAAUAGAGGAAGACACUGCAAUCUUACUUCUUGAAGAAAAAAAAAAGUUUUGCUUUUUCAGAAGUGAGAUUCAUAUGGUUUUCUUAUACAAUCAAAAUGCUGUUGUUGAGAGCCUUGCCUAUUUGUUUUCUGUAAUGGAAACUGUAUGCAUAUAUAGUUGUUGUUUGUAUUCUGGGAUCAAGCGAUGUCUUCGGAAUUGUAUUUUGCAUUAUAGAUUCGAGAUAAUUUCCAAAUUUUGUUGAUGGAAAAGCUGGGGAGUUUUUUUUUUUUGUGUGUGUGUGGUAUUUAUUUCUAGGUUGAACUAUUUUGCAAGAAGUAUAUGGCAUCAUAUCAAGUAAACCACCAAACUAAAAGCUGUAUUUUGCAGUGGUAAAAAGCAAACAAAACAAGACAAAAAAAAAAAAGUAAAAAUAAAGGGCUACUGUUUGUACCUGUUCCCAUAAUAGCCCUUUUUUUUAUAAUGUUAUAUGGAAUGUUCUCUAAUAACUGUGUGAGUCUGCUCUGUGUUUGUUUCUUAUCUCCUGUGUAUUAUGUUGUGAAAAUUAUCUCUCUUUUUUCUCUUUUUUUUCUUCCUAGUGUGAUUAUUUUUAGCUUUUGAGUUAACUUUACUAACAUUGUCUUCACAUUGGGUAAGCUGUUACUGUUAGAAUUGUAAAGGAGGACACAGGACUUCCUUGAAUUGUAUGGGCAUUGUACCUGAGCCCAUGUUUAAAGUCACAGUCUAAGCUUGAAGGUGUUCCACAUAGAGCUAGACUUUUUCGUCCAAGUAUACCACUUGUUGAUAGACAGAAUUCUUGUUGCUUAUGGUGUGUUUGGAAAACCCUUUAGGCUCUGAGAAUGACGACGUUGAUAAGUAGGUCUCAUUAACUUGUGCUUUUGGGCCAUUCCUUUGUCAGAACGAACUGGCAAGGUGUCGUAAUGCAAUAGGAUUUUAAGAUUAUGUAAGCACUUUGUGUGUCUUUGUAGCUAUGUUCAUUAUGAUCAUAUUUUGUUAUGAUUUUUUUUCAGAACUGCUGAAAUCUAUUAUUUAUUACUUGAAGAAAUUUUGAUAUCUAUAUGCAGUAUUAAACUAUUAUUUAAUUAUGUUUAUAAACUCAUAGCAUGGCUAAGGACCUGCCAUAGCCAUAAUGUAGAUAUACAUUUGUUUACACCUUUGUAGGUGUUUACAGUUCAAUGUUCUUGCCCUUUCAAGCUUUAAAGCAUAAUACAGCUACAACCCAAAUUUACUGUAGAGUUGAGUCCUGGAUGGGAUCAGGAAAGGAACAGACACUUGCCAUGGGAGCUGAGCUGCUCGUGAGAAUUCUUUGUUUUGUUUGUUAAUGUUUUCUUGUUUGAAUUUUUAAAAAAGCAGUACUGAUGUAAUUCUAGGGUAUUGUUAUAUUUCUUUGGAUUUUUGCAUAUUAUUGUUGGUUUGUGGGUGCUGUAGUUAGCUCCAUAACCAGAUUUGAUUGUAAUCUCUCUCUCUCUCUCUCUCUCUCUCUCUCUCUCUCUCUCUCUCUCUCUCUCUCUCUCUCUCUCUCUCUCUCUCUCUCUCUCUCUCUCUCUUUUUCUUUUUUCUUUUCUUUUUAGCAUAAUCAUUUCUGGGUAUUGCAGCUUCGAAAGGAAUCCUCCAAAUUAUUUUAUGAAUCUGGUCAGGAGUGAUUGGAAAUGCACUUUGCUCAAUGUGAUAACAAAGGUAUUAGUAAGAACUUGUCAGCAUAAUUUAUGGUAAGACAUUAAUGUUAGGGAAAAAAAAUAUUUUGUAUGUGCUGGAAGGGUCUUUUUUUCUUCUUCUUUCUUUUUUUCUUUCUUUCUUCCUUUUUUCCUUUCUUUUCUUUAUUCUCGUUUUUUUUCUUCUUCAUUGCAGUGGCAGGGAAAGCAAAGAGGUUUUGCAGUGGGAGUUCGUUACUGAUGAGCUUUGAUGUAUAUUUCAGGUGUAUUGUUUUUGAUUCAUAAGUAGCAGCAUGUUUGCUUCUCAUCAUGCUUAUGUAAAAAACAGGAGAGGAUUUUUCACUCAUAAGAACAGCACCAUAUAAAAGAGCUUCGACCUUUUUUAUCGAAAGACUUAAAGCUUGCCAGUUUAGUCUGCUGUGUACUGUUGGCUAAUGCAUCUGUAACCUUUCAUGACAGCCUCUCCAAGACUUCCAAACUGUUACAUAUCAUAUGUCAGGGUCGUAAGAUAUCCCAGUCUCAAAAAAUAAGUCUUGGAAAUUGGCCAAAAUGCUUGGAAUUUGAGACUAACUUUUGUAUAAAUUUGGCAUUUGAUGGAGUACCUUUGUGUUCUUUCCUUUUGUAGAGAGAGCAAAAACUGUUUGAGAGAAAAGAAUUUUGUAUUUAACUUUAUAUAUAAAAAAAAUUAUAUGUGAUGUCAUACAGAAAGUUCAUCUUUAUAGAAUUAGCAAGAAUCAAAUUUUACAACUAAGGAUUCUACAACUCGUAUCAGUUGACAAAAAAUCAAUAAAUAAAAAGAUAAUAAAAAAUCAAAACAAUAUAAAGAUCCCAAUUUUUUCCAUUUCAAGUAUUGAGCUUUUGUAAGUUUUAUAUUCACUGAUGGAUCAGUAAUUGAAUUUCUCAUGAACUGGCAAGUACAUGUCACUUCUUCCCCCUUUCUCUCUCUUUCCUUUUCUCUCCCUACUCUUUUUGCAUCUCUCUUCUUGUUAUCAUUAUCACAGAAAUUUUACAACUUUUUCUUCAGCAGGUCUCCUUAUUGUGUUAAUAUUAGAGUAUGUGUUUGUGUCCUGAAAAUGAUAUCUGAAUGCAAAUUUCGUGAAAAAAGGCAAUCUUUCUUUUUUAGCCAGUUUUGAUGAAGGUCUUUUGUCCAUUAUAAAGGAAAAGGAAAAAUUAUCUGUCCUAGAUGGGUGCUAUAUAGGGAGGGUAUCUGUUCCUUAACAUACCAACUAACAACUAACUUUCCUUAAAGGGAUUUUUGUUAGUGCCCGCUUCUUCUUUUGAAGACAGCUGUGGUGUUUCCUUGCAUGUUCUUUUCUUUUUGUUUGUCCCAUUGUUCCUGGAAGUAGAAGGGCACUGUAGUCAGUCUGUGAGAUUAUGGAUCUGGGGAAGGUAUUUGGUGGGCUGAGUGAAUCAAAAGGCCACGGUCAGAUAUUACAUUUUUUUCUGGUUGAAAUUUGAUUAAUGAAGAAUUUGUGUGAAUACUUGCCCCACUGCCCCAUGAAUUUUAAGUAUGUGAAUAAUCAUGGGCAUUUGUACUUUUGUUUUUUCGCCUUGAUUUUGAAUCUAUUCAUUGAGAAUGUAUCAGUACAAGAGAUCUGGUUGGUGGAAAUGCAGAGUAAUGAUCGAACAAUGACUACGUUGGACUUGCCCACAUUCACGGUAAUGUAUGCUUGAGCAAGUUAUAGAAUCUCAGAGAAUAACACUAGGUUUCCGGCUAUCUGUCACUGUUAUACUGCAUGGUAACUUGGGUCGCUAGGAGGAACUGCUUUGACCGAUCUUGCAUCCUGCAGGAUAUAGCUUGUUAUUUGUUACAGCUUGCUUGUAAAGUGUUGCAAUAACAGCAUCAUUUAAUGUCUCUGGAGGUGUUUAUAAAGCAUGAUAAUUUACACAAUGCUGAGAACUGUAUGAGAGAUAUGUUAAUCUUGGCAUCUUGGUGAGUUAUGUCUGGCAUUCAUAUGUCUGUACAUGUCUGUAUUGACUCAGCCAAGGUUUCUAAAAGGCAAGACUCCUUUUUGUUAAGAUGUCAGGUUACUGAGGGUAUUAACAUAAUAACAAAAGAUAAAGUUUUCAAUAAAGUCUUGUGAGGAUGGGUGUAGAUUAGUUGGCGCCAUUCCGUACAUGGACGAUUGUCCAGCUCUCAGCCAGGCUUGCGAGAUGUCAUCCUCGCAACCAGGACAUGGACUUGUGGCAAAAUAAGGCAUUACCCAGCAUCUGGUAACAUUCUUCACCUGUCACCUAAGGGUAACUUCAGAUUUAACUUAGAUGAUGGGCAUUCCAAAUUUUAAUGGUUACAACUAACACUACACUGGCUGUCCAGAACCUGGUUAACCAGAUGCUGUUAAGGCCAGUUGCUGCUCUCUAAGCUGGCUGUCAAGACUGUGGAUGUCAGGACUGGUCGCUAGCAUCAAGUGAGCUGGUAUCAUUUUGUACCUCAGAUUUCCCUAAGCCUUAACUAUCAUCUUACCUAAUGAUCAUGUGGAACCUUCCUUCUAAUCCUCAUGGUAACUUUCCAGCCUAAUCUUUUUUAACAUUAGGCUAUUUAUAACACUGCCAAUAUUCACCUUUCUGCGUAUAUUCACACACACAAAAGUCUAUAAUUUUGUACCGGUAAGCCAGUUACGAGAUGUCAUGAUUUUUUAGUCUGUCUUCUAUUCACAGACAUUCGUAGGGCAAUUUAGAUUAAUAUGAACUUUUGCAGUAAUCUAAUGGUUGAUUUGAUGUUUUUGUCAGUUUCUGUAAAUUUUACAUAUCACAGUAAAAUAGAAUUCUUGUUUAGAAUUGUAUGAUUAAAAAUGUUAACUUUCAGUAGAUUGCAAGAGAAAAUGAUGAAUAGACUUGCAAGUUUGCAGAAUUCAGACAUGCAUCAUUGGUGAAAAUAUAACCAUGAUAGCAGAUUUUCCCUAUGAUGAUUAUCUAGUUUUAAAAGAAUCAUUCACUCUCAAGCUAACAGACAGAUUUUAUCUUGGAUCCCCCAACAUCAAUUCCUGACAAAUUCUCCUUCAAGCCAAUUUCUUGGGCUAAAGUGCCUGUACAUUCCACUUCCUAUUAAAGAGUUUUACUUGAUGUGGAGUUAGUCCUUGGUCCCUUGGAGGCUUAGCAUAGGGUGAAGGAUAAAAUGCCUUGGAUUGAUGCCAGCUCUGAGAAGACAUCAAUAAUUGGGGUUAUUUGUAAGAUUCGAUUGCCUCUACUUCCACAUAGCUUUACUACAGGUGUGUACCUUUUUGCGCAGGAUCCCUGUUGUUAGCUUUUAAGAAAGUAUGGAACUCUCCUUCUAACCCCUUCCCCCUUGUAUCCAUUUUUUAAAUGUAGUGAGUAAUAGUGUAAAUAUUUUAUUCUCAUGACAGUGACAAGCACAAUCCCGACCUGAGAGGGAAAUGUUGCUCUACAAAUUUUGAGAGAGAAACCAAAAGGAAUGAAUUACGUGAAUGAUGUUGAAGCUUUUCAUAGAUCUAGGAGUAUCUGUUGUGUAUAUUUCAUUGUAAAUGCUAAGACUUGAAGCAUCAGACUGGCAUACUUUACAUUGGUGCACUGAACCAGUGCAAGUCUGUAAACAUUGUAUUGCCUGCGUUUUACAGAUAUAUUGUAAAUCAUUAAUCAGCUGACUAUAUAGGCUUUGAUUGUAAUUUAAAGACAUUCAGAGAAGUUAUCUAGUCUUUUUUAUUUUCUGUCUUUCUUUAUUCAUAUUUUCCCCAGUCAAGAAGUAAGAGUUUUUCUUACUUCAGUCAUCCAGUAUAACUGGGAGAAAUCUUCUCUCAUGCAUAUAUCAUUGUACUGGCAUAGGCUUCUCUUUUUUAUUUUUAUUAUUCUUGUUCUUGUUCACACCUUUCCUGUAAAUACAAAGUGGCUAGUAUUAUAACAUUGCACAUAAUUUGCUUUCACUAGCACCCAAAAAAUUAUUUGUAUUUUUUAUUAAUGUUGAGAUUUCCAGCAGCUGGAAUUGUUUUGGCUUUAACAAGCACCUUAGUAAGAUGUAUAGUGUUACAUGUCUAAUGUGAAGACCAAGAUACUAGCAUGGAUGGUGUGGAUGCUGUCGUGUAUUGUUGUGUACGUGUUGAUCCACAAUUUUUGCGGGCACUUGCUCGUACAUUGGGGGGGAAUUGUUUGAGCACUGCAGUGUAGUUUUGAGCACCUCUGUGUUGGUUGUGUGCACUAGCUGGCAGUCUAGGGGGUUAGUUUUAAGGGGAAAAAGAAAAAAGAAAAAGUAAUAGAAAGACAGAAAGAGAAAAAAAGAGAGUUUGGUUUCAGUUUCAUUACAUGUCAGUUGUCAUAGCUCACUUGUCCUGGAGGAUCAGUGCCUUUCUAUUGUAUGUAGAUGCGUGUCUUCUGCACUUAACCAGGUGUUGGGUCGCAGACUGGCAGAGCUUAUGAUGUCGGCAUUGUCAACACUGAUGCUUUAGGCCUUUUGAGGGACAAGGAGCUGAGGCAGUAUUGGCACAUUGAACUCUUUUUUUUCUCUCUUUCUUUCUUUCUCUCUCUGUCUUUCUCUUUUUUCCUCCUCCUUCCUCUAAGCCUCCUAGGUGUUCUUUGUAUUGUCUGCACCUUUGCUGUUAUGAGAUGUAACUUUACUGCUUUUUUCAUUUAAUUAUUCUUCAAUGUCUUCUAAGAAUGCAGUUGUGAGUCACAUCAUCAUGAUGCAGUUGAAUAGUUUCUGUAGUGUUAACAGAAUUGGAAUCCAGUCAUGAGGCUUUCCUUUUGGUUCAGAGCUCUGCAUUAUGGGUCAAAAGGUUUGUAUGUAAAAUAAGGCGGUAGUAGGUCCGAGUUUGUGGGAAUAUAAAAGAGGGUAUUUUUGUUGAUGAUGAUAGCAUGCUAGGCAGAUGCAUUGAAGAUUUGCUAAAAAGACAAUCAUGUGAUGUCAAGGAAUCCUGUUUUUUUCUUCUUCAUUGAAAAGCAUAUUGCUGGGGGGGGAAAAAUAGAAAUAGAAAAAAAAAGAAACAGGUCCAGUAUUUCCUUGAGACAAAAGUUCUAACAGAUGCCGGAGAUCAGUGUCUGUUAAACAUCUUGAAUAUCAAAAUGAUUACUCAGUUGUUGAACUGCAGAAAAUAUUAAACUAGACUAUGCUUGUUAUCAAGGAUUAGAAUUUUAUAUUUUGCUUACCCAAGUUAUAAAAGAUUGUGAUACAAGUUAUACUGCGAUUAGCUUGGUACUGAAGAUAUAGCAAGGAGUAGUAGUGUGACGGGAGCUUCCAUGAGCAUUUUCCACUUACAAACGUGUUGAGAUUUUUUUCCUGUCCUUCUUUGAAGUGAAAUGGAUAAUGCAGGACCACAAUUGAUACGAUAAGAUUUAUUGACUUUGGAUUAAUCUUAGUCUAACUUUAGUGGUUCUCUUGUGAAAUUCAUAGCUUGUCCCCACAACAGUAAAUCUUGUAGCUGACCAAACUUAUUAUUGUGAGGGACAUAGAAAUAACCGGUUUUAAUUCAGUAGUGGAUUAGAUGAUAAAAGAUUUGGGAUACUGAGAGACAGAGUAAGAGGAUUUACUAUGUACUAUAAAGAGAGUGGGAGGCAUAUUCUCAUGCUCUUUUCAACAUAUGUUUUGCUGCUCCUGCUUCAGGUAGCUUUCAAGGAGGACCGUGAAAGUCGACUGAAAGGCUGAUUUCAGUUCACUCGUAUGAAUCUUGCUGUUUCCUCUUUGACUGUAAAGGGAUGUGUGCAUGCGUGUGUGUCAAUUUGCACUUCUCAUCACUUUAAAGAGAUUUACUUCAUGUCGAGCCUACAUAAUCUUGGCUGAGAAGUUUGAUUCAUCACAGAGGCAGAGAGAAGUAAUAUUCUAUGCACUUUUUGAACAUCCAGGUUAUCAAAGUUGGUAAGUACCACCAGAACUUUGAGACUUUGAAACUAUCCUUCACAUAUGAGUUUAUAUGCUGAAUUACUAGGGAAGAGGGCUUAUUAAUGGUGUCUUUAGUGGCACUUGGCCCAAAAAAUAAUGGCAAAAAAAUGAGGGACACCUUAGAAGUACUUUAUAAUGGCUUAUAAGUGGAAGGCAGUUUUAUAACCUCAAAGAACCAGUGGUAAUUCCCAAAUAUUCAGGUUUUAAUCUUUUCCUUCAUAUUGUUUAUAUUCCAGUAUGUAUAUUUUCUCGCAGUUUCAUUGCCUUUUUGGAGAACAGUCCAUUUUAUGUGCCCCUGGGUCUUUGUGAUAGCUUAACAUCUAUGAUGAGUUAAAUUGUGAAAAAAUUAAAUCUGUCUUAACAUGUAAAGAGGAAGUUGGCAAGAAGUUGAGUGAAAUGAAGUGAAUGACAGAUCAUAAAUACAUAAUAUGUAACCCGUAUAUGCUGGUAAUUUACCUCUCUACAAAAUAAACACACACACACACACACACACACACACACACACACACACACACACACACACACACACACACACACACACACACACACACACACACACACACACACACACACACACACACACACACACACACACACACACACACACACACACACACACACACACACACACACACAUAUGAAAUGAGACCAACAUUUGGUACUUAAAGGAAUGUUAAAAGUUUUGGAGUUUGUGCUGUAUUUCUUUACAUCAUUAUGGAUUAAAAUUUUCAGCACUAAAGAGGCUGACAUUUGUAAGAUAAGUAGGAAAUAUCCAUCUGUAAGCAUAAUAAGAGUGAGGCUGUGUAACCGGUUUAUUACCAUUUUCAGUAUAUUUUAAUACAAUUAGUUUACAUCAGAUUAAGUGUACUGAUACAUGUUAUCUUUAAUGCAGUAUAGUGACAGAUUUAACAAUAUUAACAAUUCUGAGAUUAACAAUGUAGUUAUAAUAUAGAUAAAUGUAACACAGUAACAAUUAAUGUCAGACAUUGGGCAUAAAAAACCUUUUUGUAAGUAACUUGUCCAGUUAUGAUGAAUUUGUAGGUGGCAUUAUAGAGUCAUAGCUUCAUAAUUCCAAAGUUUUAAAUGCCACUCUCUCACUCUAGCAACAUGAUGAUAGACAGAAGAAUAUUUGAUGAGUCUUCAUCAGCAACAGCAAGACACAGGUCCUUUUUAUUAUGCCUCGUCUUCGGUGUCACUUUCACGUCACUGGCUCGUUUUCUUCAAUGAUACCGCAUCACAGCUUCCAUUGGGCUGAAUGACUUCCCUAGGGGUUGUGUGUGCAUGUUUGUCAGGAGAAGGUUUUCUUGGUGUGUGCCCUCCAGUGAAUGUAGUUUUAAGUGAUGUGUUGUUAAGGAAGACUUCAUCUCACCUCACUAACAGAACUUGGAGGCAGGGUUGUUUUUAUCUUUUUUUUCGUGUGUGUGUUUGUUUCAGAUUCCUUUAUCUUUGUUGUGAUACCACUUGCUGAGUGAACUGUGAAGGGGUAUCUGCCACAGAUGUGACUGUUCCUUCUGUAGCAUUAAAUAUCUUUUGUGCAUAAUACGACAACAGUAAACUGCACGAGUCAUAUUGUUCUUUUCUCAGUUAUGCAAUCACACCCUUUUCUUUACAUCUCCAUUCUGUCUAUGGAUUUUGUUCUUCACUUCUCAAGAACUAUUUUGGAAUUGCUUAGAGACACUGUCCUAACAUUGUUGUUUUGUUUUUAGUAAAUAUUCAUCUAGUGUAUCUUUGCUGGCAUAUAGUGUAUUUUUGUUUAUUUGUUCACUUGGAUUUUUAGUCUGUCUAUUCCCUACUUGAUGAAAAGAUGUCAUUUUGUCCAUUCUCAAAUGUAUCCUUGUUCUAUUUUGCAAAAUUAGUUAUUUCUCUUUUAUUCAUGAUAAGUGUAAAUUUAUUAAUUUGUUCAUAUUUUUUUAUUAUUAUAGAAUAUUUUUUAUUAAUGAUUCUUCAUUAUUUCAAUUGCCGUAACUGGGUAGGUAGUUGCUUCAUUGCAUUAUAAUUUUAUUUCCAUUCGUCCUGCCUAUCUAGUCGCCUUUGUUCAAUGCUUUUUUCCUCUCUCUGUCUCUUACCGUGUUCUCUCACUCUCUCCGCCUCUCAGUGUUAGGGUUUUUGUGCCCCUCUGCCUCAGCGGGAAUGAGAAAGUCCUCACAUUCUGUCCUAGGGAUUUCUGCUGGGAUCUCAGAUCAUAUUGGUUAAGCAAAGGAUCCGGAAUGAGAAGUUCAGAGUCUGACUUCAUAUUAUUGUUAUUUUUUUUUAUGGAGAUAUAUGUACUUUUUUUCACCCUUUUUUUAUGCGUUUUUUGUUCACCUUUCUCUGUGUUGGUGUAUGUAACAGCUUUGGAAGGACAUUACACUUUUAAACUGUAGUGUGCUUGUGGGUGGGUGCUGUGCGUUGAUUGUGAUUUUGAGAGAGACAACUACAAACUUGUGUUUAUUUCUAGGUUUUAAACUCUUCUGGAAGAAAUUUUACGAAGACUGUGGUUAUCAUUAUUAUCAUUAUCAUUAUUAUUAAUAUUGUUAUUAUUACUAUGUUUCAUAUGGUAUGUUAUCAGUCUAUGGGAAUGUGUAAUGUGGAAUUAUGAAGAUAUACUAAUUUGUUAAUAUUUUGUGACAUAUCAUUGGGUCUUUGGUUACAUUAACCUUUGCUAGGAUCUAGAAGGCUCCUGUGUAUGGUUUGAAAAUGCAGCUUUUGGUAAAAGCUAUAAACUGCAGCUAAUAAAAACUUCAGCUUAGGGUCAAAACCUGCUUGCAGUAAAUCUGCAGAUCUCUGCUUUUGUUAAAAGGAUUGUAAACAUUUGAAAUAAUAUAUCAGUAACAGUGCAGCUUCAUGUUCAAAAUUGCUAAAAGAUAUCUAUAUAUAUGCCUGAAUCUGAAUUAUAUUGUAAAAAACAAACAAAAAAUAAAGCUUUGUCAAGAUUUAAUAUCAUAAAGGUGAUGUACAGAAUAAAGAAAUAUUAUAUAUCUAAAACUGAGAGAAUCUAUUAGGACAGCAAUGUCUGGACCUUGUAUGUAAGACUGAUUUAAAGGUCAAUAUUUGAGAUAAAGGACACUAUUUUCUCUUAA